AUGCGUACCCGGCAGAAACGCCUCAACUACCGAGUUCUGAAUGACGAGAGCGAUGGAGAAUCUUUCCCCGAGGAUCAAACCAACCAAUCAAGCGAAUCAAGCGAGCCAACGAGCAAUCUCACACACGCGGUGAUCCUCGCUAACAUACCAGAUUACGAGCUCCUACCUUCCGGUCUGUGUCGCAAGUGCUAG